AGCUACCGGGGGGGGAACCACACGAUGUGAUCUAAACCCACCAGGACGGCGUGUUAUGACUACCGGCCACGUCUCGGGGCUUUACAGACGGUAGCGGAGCUCCGGCUGCGGUCAGGUGAGUCAGGUGAAUGCCCUGUUUGCUCGGAGUGUAGCACCAGAGGACGGCAGCUCCCAUCCUUCAGAAGAGCUCGUCCCAGACGGGGGGAGGUGGGUGGAUCCGGGGCGCUGCAGGGGCCAUGCAUCAGGGGUGAGGGGGAUUCACUGCGGGAGAAACACACACACACACACACACACACACACACAAUGACACACAGCGUCGGGUGAGGUGGUGGUGGUGGUGGUGUUCGGCCGCAGGUCGGCGUGGAGAUGAAGCUCAAGCAGCGCAUGGUGGUGCUGUGUGCCGUGCUCCUCCUGCUGGGCCUGGCCAAGAUCUUCCUGCUGGAUGGAGGCGAGGGCUCCGCCGCCAGCCGACGGGAUCUCCGAGCGUUUCGCAAGAUGGAAGCUGGUCUUACUCUGUCGCGGGGAGCUCGCCUCACGCACACCCUCCAGUCUCCGUGGGAGAUAGCGAGCCAGUGGGUGGGCCCGAGAGAGGUGUACCCCGAGGAGACCCCGGAGCUGGCUGCUGUGCUCAUCUCCCUCAGCAGCGCCCGGCUAGAGCGGGCCGACGUGGGCUACAAGGGCACGCAGCUCAAAGCCCUGCUGGUGCUGGACGGGGGGCAGAAAGUGGUCUUCAAACCCAAGAGAUAUAACAGAGACUACGUGGUUGAAGGCGAGCCGUACGCAGGCUAUGACAGACACAAUGCGGAGGUGGCUGCUUUUCACCUGGACAGGAUCCUGGGCUUCAGGCGAGCACCUCUAGUGGUCGGGAGAUACGUCAACGUGCGGACGGAGAUCAAACCCGUGGCCACAGACCAGCUGCUGAGCACCUUCCUCAUGCAGGGAAAUAAUACAUGCUUCUACGGAAAGUGUUACUACUGUCGUGAGAGCGAGCCGGCGUGUGCAGAGGGCGAGGUCAUGGAGGGGUCGUUAACCCUUUGGCUGCCAGACGUCUGGCCGCUGCAGAAACACCGUCACCCAUGGGGACGCACCUACAGAGAGGGCAAACUGGCCAGGUGGGAGUAUGAUGAGAGUUACUGCGAGGCGGUGAAGAAGAUGCCUCCGUAUGACGCCGGGCCGAGGCUGCUGGACGUCAUCGACACGGCCAUAUUUGAUUAUCUCAUUGGGAACGCUGACCGGCAUCACUAUGAGAGCUUCCAGGACGACGGCGGCGCCAGCAUGCUCAUCCUGCUCGACAACGCAAAGAGCUUUGGGAACGCAGCUCUGGAUGAGCGAAGUAUCCUCGCACCGCUCUAUCAGUGCUGCAUGGUCCGUGUGUCCACGUGGAACAGGUUAAACCUGCUGAGGAGUGGAGCUCUGAGUUCAGCCAUGCGUCAGGCCCUGGCAUUCGAUCCCAUCAGCCCCAUCCUGGCCGAGACGCACCUCGCCGCCCUGGACCGCCGUCUGUCAGGAAUCAUGGCAACUGUGAAGCAGUGUAUGGAGGCGCAGGGCCCCGACAACACCCUAAUAGAGGACCGGAUGAACCUCCCACACCCCUAAAAAAAACAAACAAAAAAACAACAUGGGACAGGAGAAAACAGCCGGGCCCUCCUCUCUUCUCCAGGCUCGUGAGGUAAAGAGACGCAGAGUGAGUUAAUGGAUCGACAGGGUGGAACAAAAAAACUUUAUAUUUCUCACUCCCAACGGCCCCGGUCACUCUGAUAAGGCUUGACCGGUCAAAUAUAUAAACUUUUUCUCAGGACUGUCGUACACGAUGGGACGAGUCCUCCCUCGUCUCCUCCUGGUUGUGCCAAAUUCUCUGUCCCAAUGGGAGAAAUGUAGACACUAACAAAUGUGGAGGAGGGAAGGUUAACUGAGCCGCCAACGUCUUGAUGGAGGACGCAUUACAGCCCUGUUGCAGACUCUUUUGGCGGUCACGGUCUGAGGAACUUCCUGUUGAAGGAAAUUCGUCAAAAUGAAAUCCCCUUGAAAAAUGAAAAUGUUUGUUUUUCCUCAAAUUUGAAAUUGAACUUUGAUCGUAAAGAAAGUAGAGUUUACUCUGCUCUUCAUACAUCAUUGUGUACAUAUUCAACUAAGGACUGUCAUUGAAUUAUGAGACUAAAUAAUAUACAUUUGUGGAUUAUAAUAUUAAAUAAACUCAAGUGUGAGUGGGGGUGUGAGUGUGUGUGUGUUUGGAAGAGUGCCAUAUUGUGCCGUAAAUAAGCAAAGUUACUGACAAGUGGGUGCGCUCAGAGGGCAGGUGUGUGGGUUCAUCUUCAGCAUUAAA